GGGAGGAGCCGCAGCUUUACAGAACCUCCUCGGUCCCAGAGAAGUCAAAACACUCCCGGCAGGCAGACGUUUCGUGACAGCGGGGUGAGGACGGUCUUCUCGGCGCGCAGCAUCACUGUCAUCACGGAGCUAGAACCGGCAGGUCCAGUCCGGUCGUUGCUGACGCUUAAACCAGAGGAGGGAGGAACGCGCUGCCUCUGGAUCUACUCCGCAACGCAUCUACGCAGACAGAGACGAAGAGGCUGAGGAAGAAGAAGAAGAAGAAGAGGAAGAAGCUCCCGCUGCAGUGAUUACCAAGAUGCCGUUUUCCGUUAACGGCAGCCUUUUGGCGCUCGCGCUGCUGCUGCUGCUGUGGCGCGCGGAGGAGCUCGCGGAAGCGUGCAGCUGCGCUCCGGUGCAUCCGCAACAGGCGUUCUGCAACGCCGACGUAGUGAUCCGUGCAAAAGUGGUGGGGGAACGAGAGGUAGAUUCUGGCAAUGACAUCUACGGGAACCCCAUCAAGAGGAUUCAGUAUGACGUCAAACAAAUUAAGAUGUUUAAAGGGCCUAACGAGGACAUUGAGGCAGUUUUCACUGCACCAGUUUCUGCAGUGUGUGGCGUUACCCUGGAUGCAGCUGGAAAGAAGGAGUACCUGAUCUCAGGCAAGGCAGAGGCAGGCGGACGCAUGCACGUGACCCUAUGUGAUUACAUCAUGCUCUGGGACUCCUUGAGCGCCACCCAGAAAAAGAGCCUCAGCCAGCGCUACCAGAUGGGCUGUGACUGCAAGAUCGUGCGCUGUCCCUCUCUUCCCUGUGAGAUCUCAGCCCCAGAGGAGUGUCUGUGGACUGAUCUGAUGAUCGAGAAGCAGGUGCACGGACGCCAGGCCAAUCACUACGCCUGCGUCAAGAGGGCGGACGGCUCCUGCUCUUGGUAUCGUGGCGUCGCGCCACCCAAGAAGGAGUUCCUAGAUGCAGAGGACCCUUAAGUCGACAAUCUGAUAAAGAUGAACGGAAACAAGGCUAUUGAAAUACGAUAACUAACAAUAGGCUAUUUAAAAAUGUAGAGCUAUCGUGAUAGAAAUUAGCUGCUGUUCUGAAAAUAACUUUUAGCCUCUUGUUGAUGUGACCACUUUUCAUGCUAAAGUUUCCCAUGAUUGCGCAACGCAGAAGUGGCUCAAAUGUUGUCCACAGGGGCGGCAUGUUUGUAAAGCACCAUGAAAUGGCACCAUGAGAUGUAGGCUGUGUUGGAAAUGUUCACUCACUCAUUAUAUCAAGUUCAUUAUAUAGUGGAAGAACUGUUUUUGCAUUUCAAACUUAAGUAUUUUAAGUAAUUUAUCCCACGAAUAAACACCAGCAAGAUAAUGCAGCCCAAAUAUGAGGUGAUAGCAUUGUUUUACUGUUUUGGACUGAAAACAAAUGGGAAUUAACAUCAUCUCAAUUUGUUACCAAAUAAGUUUUUAUACAGAAAUCUGAUUAAUCCUUUUUAAUUUGUGCAUUGACUUGCAAGCGAAGACUGCAGCAAUAACUACAUCACAUUUUCAAUAUACAGACAUUCUUAAUAUUACCUAUUAAAGCCUUCCAGUAUCUCAUUUUAGGGUUUAACUCUGUAUGGACAUAUUUUAACAUAUUUUAUGUUACAGUUUGCAAUGUAUCUUUAGCAUAUUGCUUAGACUUGACAACUUAUAUUUCAAGUAUAGUUUGAGUAGCUACCCAUUUUUUUUUUUUUUUUUUUUAGAAUAUCCAAAUCCGAAUAUCCCAAUAGUUAGCAUUGACAUUAGCAAAACGUGCCAAUGACAAUUAGGAUAAUAGAUACGUUGAAUGACUUUAUUAACUCAUCUUUCAAGUAAAUAAAUAAAAAAAUAAACGUUUUGGUUUUCCUAAAAAGCAUCACAACCAAAGUUGUUUUAUACGCUUCAAGAAACAGUUGUUCUGCCAAGUUAGUAUUUAGCAUGCUGAUACUACUAGCAAGAUAAGAGAAGAUAACUAACUUAAUAGCCAAUAAUUUGGUAUUAGCGUUGACUUAUUUAAGUUAUUGAAUAGAAUUAUUACUUUCCAAAAAAGCAACAUAAUCAAACUUAAUAGUUUUGUUUUAUACAAUUCAAGCUAUAGCUGUUAUUAACAUUUGCAGUUAGCAUCCUGACGUUAGCAGUUAUCACUUAGCUAACGUAAUAGGUAAAGGCUUAACAUUAGCUUUAACUCGUCAUGCAGCAUCUUAAAUGAAAACUUUAUGACUGUCCUAGAAGUUAACCUAAUCAAAGCUUACAAUGCUGUUUUUUUUUUUUUUACACAUAGAUUUAACUUCUGCUAACAUUAGCGAUUUCUAUGCUAAUUUCAUAGUUAGCAUAUUCUGUUGGCUAAAACCAUAGUGGAUUAUAACCUCUGUAGAUCACUGGGGCAUACAUUCCCUGUAUUCUGCUUCUUCUUUUUUUUUUUUUUUAAAUGUCUGAAUAGUGGACUUUAGAAUGAAGGAGUGGACAAUUUGAACAUAACUAUAGACUGGUGGAGUGAUGGUGCAACUUCCUCCUGAGGCUGGCGUUAGGAGGUAAUAAUUUUCUCUGAGCUGGAGCUUUCCCUGUCCAAAAAGUAGCUCUGUGUCAGAGCAGCAGCGCCCCGUCAAUCAUUCUCUGCUCCCUCAGACGACCAUUUAAUCUCCAUCUUGUUUCUACUUUUAUUACCUCAUUCUCUAUUUUAUUCCAAAGCAAAUUUCAAGUUGCCUUUCUUUCUUUAACACCUAAAUAUGUCUUACUUACACUUCUCUCAUCCCUCCCCCCCUUAUUUACUGGUGACGUUAGACGCCCACAACAUGCUUCCUUUAAAUUAAUCACGUAGCUGAUGAUCACCCAUUUAAAGCCAACUUGUCUUCACUACUCUGUAGUGAAAACAAAAAUACUGUAGGCCUAUACUUUUUUUUUCUAUCUUUAAUGUUAUGUUAUGUAGCUGUACAGUACCUAUGCAUAUACUUUUGUUGUUACUUGAUAAUUAUUUACUGCAUUAGAACUAGAUUUGCACUUUUUUGAGGAUGAAUUCCAGUAAGGACAAGAGCCUGAUCAUGCUAAUGCGACAUUUACUGUCACGUUGCCAACUGCCAAAUCCACCUCUGGUGCAGAUUUUGUCUGGUGAUAGAAGAACACACGCAGAUCUUUGUUAUAUUUGUCAUACCACAAAAUAAAAUAACACAAUGAAACAGUAGACGUGUGAAAGUCCUUAGUAUUGGGAAACAUUUGGUGAGACUUAAUGUGUGAAAGAGGGAUUGAGAUGAGCUCGCGAGAAUAUAUUUCAGUGUCUUGUUAUCUGUUGAUUGUAAAUGCAAGCAGCAGUUUAAUAUUCUUUAUAUGCUUAAUGUCAGCUCUGACUUGUCUUUCAAGUUAUUAUUGAAUAAAAGCUUUAUCGCUGUCCUAGAAAGCAACCUAAUCAAAGUUUACAGUGCUGUUUUAUACACCUCAAGCUACAGUAACUAAAAUAUAUAUAUAUGAUGAAGUAUUAGAGGCAUAAUUUAAAAGUAAACUCUUUCCAAUUUCAUUUACUUUGUGUUUUUCAGUGUUAUAAAAGCCGUCAUGAUUUUUGUGUGUCUGUCCAAAAAUGUUUUUAGCUGUCUUUGAUCAGAGGGACCUCUUGCGCUGGAGUAACGCACGAGUGAGGUUAACGCGUCCUUUAAGGGGAAGUGUAGAGAAACGAGAAAUGGGUAUACAUUGUUUUAUUAGAGAACUUUGCAUGUUUUUGAUGCUUUGUGUAAGUCCAGGCAAAGGACAGAAUAUUCAGUAUUAUCAAAUAAAAAACACAAAUUUGAAAGAGUA